AUCCGGUCACGUGCGCCUCCCGGGGGCGCUCUGGUCACGUGACCGCGGCGGGAGUCAGCUGACGCGAGAGGGUUUGAAGCGGCACCGCGAGGGAGCGAGGCCGCUGCAGCGGCGGCGGGCGCCCGGACCCCGGCUGCCCGGCGGUGUCCGGCGGCGUCCGGCGCUCCCGGCCCCGGCAUGGCAGCCCCCGUGGGCCGGCGGGGCUCAGAUCUCUCAGAGUUCUUUGGCUGGUGCAUGGGACCUGUUUCUCCUGAUGGCAGGUGGGUCUGCCUGGGCCUGGUCCCCACCGCCCUCCCCCAUUCCUGCAGAGACUGAGCGGCUCCUAACCCCCAGUCCUGGGUAUGGCACCCAGGCCGGGGCUUCCCCGGUCCCUCCGGAAGAGGAGGACCUCCGCCGCCGGCUCAAGUACUUCUUCAUGAGUCCCUGUGACAAAUUUCGGGCCAAAGGCCGCAAGCCCUUCAAGCUGAUGCUGCAAGUCGUGAAGAUCUUAGUGGUCACCGUGCAGCUCAUCCUGUUCGGGCUCAGCAACCAGCUGGCAGUGACAUUCCGGGAGGAGAACACCAUUGCCUUCCGGCACCUCUUCCUGCUGGGCUACUCGGAUGGGGCCGAUGACACCUUCGCGGCCUACACACGGGAACAGCUCUACCAGGCCAUCUUCCAUGCUGUAGACCAGUACCUGAUGCUCCCUGAUGUGUCGCUAGGCCGGUAUGCCUACGUGCGGGGCGGGGGUGGCCCCUGGGCCAACGGCUCGGCCCUGGCCCUCUGUCAGCAGUACUACCACCGAGGCCACGUGGACCCAGCCAAUGACACCUUUGACAUUGAUCCCAUGGUUGUCACUGACUGCAUCCAGGUGGACCCCCCUGAGAGACCCCUUGUGCCCCCCAGUGAUGAUCUCUCCCUCUCGGACAGCAGCGCCAGUUACAAGAACCUCACGCUCAAAUUCCACAAGCUGAUCAACGUCACCAUCCACUUCCAGCUGAAGACCAUCAAUCUUCAGAGCCUGAUCAACAAUGAAAUUCCUGAUUGCUACACCUUCAGUGUCCUGAUCACUUUCGACAAUAAGGCGCACAGUGGGCGUAUCCCAAUCAGUCUGGAGACCCAGGCCCACAUCCAGGAGUGUAAACACCCCAGCGUCUUCAGGCAUGGAGACAACAGCUUCCGGCUCCUGUUCGAUGUGGUCGUGAUCCUCACCUGCUCCUUCUCUUUCCUGCUGUGUGCCCGCUCGCUGCUGCGUGGCUUUCUGCUGCAGAACGAGUUUGUUGGGUUCAUGUGGCGGCAGCGGGGACGGGUCAUCAGCCUCUGGGAUCGGCUAGAAUUUGUCAAUGGCUGGUACAUCCUGCUGGUCACCAGCGAUGUGCUCACCAUCUCGGGCACCAUCAUGAAGAUUGGCAUUGAAGCCAAGAACCUGGCGAGCUACGACGUCUGCAGCAUUCUCCUGGGCACCUCCACGUUGCUCGUCUGGGUCGGCGUCAUCCGCUAUCUGACCUUCUUCCAUAAGUACAAUAUUCUCAUUGCCACACUGCGGGUGGCCCUGCCCAGCGUCAUGCGUUUCUGCUGUUGUGUGGCUGUCAUCUACUUGGGCUAUUGCUUCUGUGGCUGGAUCGUGUUGGGCCCCUACCAUGUGAAGUUUCGCUCGCUGUCCAUGGUGUCGGAGUGCCUGUUCUCGCUCAUCAAUGGGGACGACAUGUUCGUGACGUUUGCCGCAAUGCAGGCUCAGCAGGGCCGAAGCAGCCUCGUCUGGCUGUUCUCCCAGCUCUACCUCUACUCCUUCAUCAGCCUCUUCAUCUACAUGGUGCUGAGCCUGUUCAUCGCGCUCAUCACUGGAGCCUACGACACCAUCAAGAAACUUCUGGAUCGACAAGACGGGAGUCCAAGAGAGAGCACCAGGGAGAAGGAACAGCCAGAGCAAAGGCCCAGUAGCCAGAAAGGACUUGGGGAUGAGAUGAUGGCUUCUCUACCAGCACCCAGGCGGUGCUGGCGCAGAGGAGAGCGAGCUCCAGGCCUACAUUGCUCAGUGCCAGGACAGCCCCACCUCCGGCAAGUUCCGCCGCGGGAGCGGCUCGGCCUGCAGCCUCCUCUGCUGCUGCGGCAGGGACGCCUCGGAGGAGCAUUCGCUGCUGGUGAAUUGACUCGGACCCGCCACUGCUACUGGACAUUAGCCCUCCGACUGCGGAGACUCACGCUUAUUUAUUUUUAGGGUUUGCUUUUAAGGACCGGUUCCCUGCUGCGCCCUGAGGACCUGGCCCAGUCGGGUCGGACACGGGUGGGACAGGGCUGGGUGGGUGUUAAAUAAACGGGAAAAUAAACUUGUUCUCGUUUCUA